AUGGACCACAGCGCGAUGCACCAUUCCGGCAUGGAUAUGGACCAUGGACAUGGGGACAUGGAUAUGGGCGGGCAGUGCAAUAUGAACAUGUUAUUCACUUGGUCUACCAAGGACCUCUGCAUCGUCUUCAGCCAGUGGCAUAUCACUGGCCCCUUCUCCCUCCUCAUGUCCCUGAUUGUCAUAGUGCUUUUGACAGCGGGCUACGAGGGCGUCCGGCAGGCCACUCGGAAAUAUGAAGCUGCCCAUGCGCAGCGUCUGAACGCUUUCUCGACAACAACAGCUACAAUCGGCAAUGAGUUCGCCGACGAGUCCGCCACCGCCAACGUUCCCUCUAGUCAACCCCCAAACGAGAGCUCACCGCUAGUUGCAGGUAGGGAUAACAGACGGGCCGUGGAGCAAAGAGGCAAGAUCACCCUUGCAGCCUUGUAUGCCGUGCAAGUUUUCUAUAGCUUCUUCAUCAUGCUGCUGUUCAUGACGUAUAACGGGUUUGUCAUGCUUGCAGUUGCCGUUGGUGCUUUCGUCGGAUAUCUGGUGUUUGGAGAUAACCAGUCAGCGGCUAAAACGGUUGCUUGUCAUUGA